AUGUGGGCAGUCAAACGGGAAGUACCGACUUUCAGGCAGUUUUCGAACUUCAAACCGGCUAAAAUACGGCUCUCACAGAGAUCUUAUAAGCAGGUGAGCUUCCAAACCAAAGACGACGAGAAACUGCGAUUAGUUAGAGAGUUUUUACACUUUGAUGACUAUGGUGUUGAAUGUGGCGAAUCGAGACAGUUUCGAAAAUGUUUAUACCCCAUCAAAAACGACGUAGUGACUUUUCCGGACGGGAAAGAAUAUCAGGUUAGAAAUUUACAACGAUUAGGCGUUUCACUCCUGCGAUUGAGUAUAAUGAGCAGCUUCAUGAACGUUUUCAAGAAAUCUAGACAUGAUAUUUGUGGGUUAGACUUCAAUUACGAAGAGAAAAUGGCACAUAUGAGCAGUUCACGACGUUCACCGGAAAUUCUUCUUCGACGGUUCAUAAGACACAGAUUCGAUAGGCUAGCGCGCAUCACGAUGCCAGAAAACGCAGUACCUCUAAGAAUUCAUAGAGUAUUCGAUCAAAGGUGUUUUUUUGCCAUCGUUGGGUAUGUCAGCGUCAUCAACGAUCACGACAAAACGACAUCUUUGCUGCGAGAGCAGGUAGCAAAGCCCAUACUAAAGAAAUCUUUCGGCAUUUAA